UUCCCGCAUCUCCACUGUUCCCCAACCCGAGCCUCCCGCGUGAACGACCCUCUGGGCAACUUCUUGAGGGUCUCCCCUCGUCCCUGAGCUGGCAAGAUGGUGUCCCGGAUGAUCUGUCGUCUGGUGGUGCUGGUGUUUGGGAUGCUGUAUCCAGCUUAUGCUUCCUACAAGGCUGUUAAGACAAAAGACAUUCGUGAAUAUGUCCGGUGGAUGAUGUACUGGAUUGUCUUUGCACUUUUUAUGGCAAUAGAGAUCUUCACAGACAUCUUUAUCUCCUGGUUCCCUUUCUACUAUGAGAUCAAGAUGGCCUUUGUGCUGUGGCUGCUCUCACCCUAUACCAAGGGAGCCAGCCUGCUUUACCGCAAGUUUGUCCACCCGUCCCUGUCCCGCCAUGAGAAGGAGAUUGAUACAUACAUCGUGCAGGUCAAGGAACGCAGCUACGAGACGAUGCUCACCUUUGGGAAGCGGGGCCUCAACAUUGCUGCCUCAGCUGCCGUGCAGGCUGCCACCAAGGGUCAGGGUGCACUGGCUGGCAGGCUGCGGAGCUUCUCCAUGCAGGACCUGCGCUCCAUCCCUGACACCCCUGUCCCCACCUACCAAGAUCCCCUCUACCUGGAGGACCAGGUGCCUCGCCGGAGGCCACCCAUUGGGUACCGAGCAGGAGGCCUUCAGGAUAGUGACACAGAGGAUGAGUGUUGGUCAGAUACUGAGGCUGUCCCCCAGCGGCCAGCCCGGCCCCGAGAGAAGCCUCUGAGCCGCAGCCAGAGCCUGCGUGUGGUCAAGAGGAAGCCACUGGUGAGGGAGGGAACCUCACGAUCUCUGAAGGUUCGGACAAGAAAAAUGGCAGUGCCAUCAGACAUGGAGAGCUAG